CUGAAAAAUAAGUGCAACAUUGGAAAAAUGACGACUAUCUUGCUAGUAUCUUCGUAAAAUUUAUAUUUAUAUUUUAUUUACUUAUUGCCUUUUUAACAGGCAAUGGGCUAAACAAACAUUUCUGAACGUAUUUCCAAUUAAAAGUUCAACGUAAAAAGAAGGCAUAAUGUUGAGCAGUAUUAUGAAACAUAUUUUACAUUGUUGCUUGCUGCUAGUUGUUAUUCUUAUAUUUGAAUUUGUCUCCGGAGGACUGCAAUGGAACACCAAUAAAACAGAACAAUUAGAUCCCUGGGUCAGAUAUGGAUUUGUUGGUGCUCUAAUAUUGUAUCUAUUAAGAAGUGUGACUUUUCUUUCACUUCCUCAAGUUCUAUUUAAUUUUGUUGGAUUGACAAUUUAUAACGCAUUUCCGGAUAAAGUCGUUUUAAAAGGUUCACCCUUAUUGGCUCCAUUUAUUUGUAUCAGAAUAGUAACGCGUGGUGAUUAUCCGCAAUUAGUGAAGACUAAUGUAAAUAGAAAUUUAAAUAAAUGUAUAGAAGCGGGCCUUGAAAACUUCCAAAUAGAAGUAGUAAGUGAUAAACCAAUAGGGUUGGUACCUCAUCGUAGAAUUAGAGAAAUUGUUGUACCUGCUAAUUAUCGUACAAGUAGUGGUGCUUUGUUUAAAGCGCGCGCUUUACAAUACUGCCUUGAAAAUUCGGUUAACGAAUUAGCUGAUCAUGAUUGGAUUGUACAUUUGGAUGAAGAGACAUUAAUGACGGAAAAUUCGGUUCGUGGAAUAUUAAAUUUUGUAUUGGACGGAAAGCACCAAUUUGGCCAAGGCCUAAUCACGUAUGCUAAUGAAGAUGUUGUUAAUUGGAUAACAACAUUGGCAGAUAGCUUUAGAGUAGCAGACGAUAUGGGAAAAUUAAGAUUACAAUUUACAAUGUUUCAUAAACCAUUAUUUAGUAUGAAAGGUUCUUAUGUUGUCACGCAGAUGGCAGCAGAAAGAGAAGUUUCAUUCAACAAUGGUUUAGACGGAUCUGUGGCGGAGGAUUGUUUCUUUGCAAUGAAGGCAUUUUCUCAAGGUUACACGUUUAAUUUUGUAGACGGAGAAAUGUGGGAAAAAUCGCCGUUUACUUUAUGGGAUUUUGUACAACAAAGAAAAAGGUGGCUACAAGGUAUAUUAUUAGUAGUGCAUUCCAAAGCAAUUCCGUUGAAAAAAAAAUUGCUACUAGGUAUAUCGUGUUACUCGUGGAUAACGAUGCCCUUAUCUACUUCUAAUAUAGUUUUAGCAGGGCUAUGUCCUAUUAGUUGUUCUCCACUUAUAGAUUUUUUGUGCGCUUUUAUAGGAGCAGUUAAUAUUUAUAUGUAUGUAUUUGGAGUAGUCAAAUCAUUUUCCUUAUAUCGUUUUGGCGUUGUUCGUUUUUUAUUUUGUAUAUGUGGAGCGCUAUCAACUAUUCCUUUUAAUUUAAUUAUUGAGAAUGUUGCUGUUAUAUGGGGCAUAUUUGGUAAUAAACAUAAAUUUUAUGUUGUUAACAAAGAGUACAAACUGCCUGUAGUACUUGUAUAAGUACCAUAUGUUCAGCAACGUAUCAUAUGUGCAUAUAAUCAGUACCUGUAAGUAAGUCUAUGAAAAUAGCAAUAUCAUUGUCAUGAAGAAAUAUCAUUAUGAUAGAUAGAUAGAUAGAUAGAUAAAUAGAUAGGUUGAAAAUAUUGAUUAAUGAAAAAUUUUUGAAACUUAAAAUAUUUAAUUACUUAAAUAAGUAUUUAAAGUCUUACCAGGAAGCCAAAAAAUGUAUUCAGUUCUAUAAUCUUGU